AUGCCGAUUACAGGGGUCUUCUUCAUCCCAUCCACUCCCAACGCUCCUAAUGCGUUGGCAACAUUGUCAGAGCGCCUUCGCUCGUCUUACGGUGACGAAGCAGUGCCCGUGGGCCGCUGGGCUCUCGAACACAAGUUGAUGCGGGAUACAUCUUCAUGUCUUCCUGCAUCUGCCCAUGCACCAAACCCGCCGCCUCAGCCACGUUAUAUGCAAUUCCUCUCCCUCUCUCACUAUCCUAACCAUGGGUUCAUCUACGCGUCCGAGUCCACGGAUCAGCCUGACACGAAUGCUCCGGGGCUGGCCCAGCAGCCUCCGCGGAAACCAUCCACGCAAUCCGGCAUGAUCAUGAGCACGAUCCCUCUUCCUUCCUGCAGCACUCUCUUCCAGCAUUUCGUGCGCGCCUGUGAGCCCCUGUGGUGCCACCGGCAUACCGUCACAGCUGGUGGGACAACCUACGACGUGGGCGACUUCCGAGUCCGCAUCGGCGAGGUGCGACAGACGCAGCCGAUGGCACGGGCACGAGGCACCGUCGUAGAGAUCGAAUGGAGGGGACCGUCGAUAGCAUCGUCACCCCUCCUAUCACCCCUCCCCACGGACGGAGACGGGAGUGGCGAUUAUGCCGACUCCGCUGUCGAUCUCUCCUUCAUCCCUGAAGACUCUGACAUCGAUGCGGAAUACGCCCAGACCGCAGAGCUCAUUCGCGAAUUCUGGUCCCGAUUCGGAGUUACGGACAAGGGCGUCCAAGAGGCGAUUCUGGUCCCGGACGUGGGGAGGGAACUCAAAGCGAAACUGCACCAACGGCGGCAGAGCGGAUGGCGCGAGCUAGAGGCCAAGCGACGGCAGAAGAAGAAUGAAGCCGCCGCAUUAGGAAGGAGUUGGGGAUGGGGCUGGAAUGAACAGGACGACGACCCAGAUGCCGGCGUCGAUCUAGCCAGACAGUAUAUGGAGAUUUUCCGCUUCAACCGAUAA